CCCACCAUUGGUUUCUUGACCAACAGGUCGAUAAUUGUCCCAUUAUUAGAUCAUCUUUGAAUACCCACCAGCACAAACUGUCCACGACUACGCUACUUUGCGAAUACCAUCACUGAGCCUUUCCGAUAGACCGUCAACUCGUCCCCAAACAAACAUAGCAGUAUUGCCAUUGUCAGUCGCACACGCUGUGCUCGCACCCACAUCCUCAUUCCAUUGGAUCCAACGAUACCCCACCCUCCGUUACGCCCCCGUCAUUCCUCUGUCACCGUCACCAAUCCACCACUCUUGAAACUUCAGCAGAAUCCUGGUCUUCCAAAGGCUGCCGCCAUUCUCACGACUUCAUCAUGGAUACCCACACGCAAGCAGUCUCCUGGUACGACGCCAUGAUGACUUACUCGUUACUAUCAUCCGACUAUCCCACCAUUGUUAGAUACAUCUCCGCCGCCUUCAUUGCUCUGGGCUUCAUAUUCUUUGUCCCCAUCAUUCUUCUCGUCGCUGUGGACUUCGGCAUCUAUAUUUACAGAAUUUGCUGGAGCCGACCAUGGAACCAGAACAGGAACCAGCCAGCGCACUUGCGUGAGCUAGGGCACCACCACGAGGAGCAACUGCACAAGCUCCCGGUAGACGGGACGUCGACAGUGACCUCUACCGUGGCAGCCGCUGCAAGGAAACGGAUACAGCGUCUGAGCGAGUCCGAUGGCGGGGGCGAUGUACCAUCCGCGUAAAGCGAGUGAGGCUGCGGUGAAGGGAUAAGGACUGUGUUUUGAGUGUUCUGCUUUCCUCCAAGCGGCCAGGAGGGGGUUUGGCCCUGUCGCCUCGGAAAUGCGUCCUUUGGUGACUUUUAUUCAUACUGCCAAUUCCCCGUGUAUGGUGUACUUUUCUUCGGGGUGAAAAUGGAAUAUCAAAAGGCGUCGUGCAGUAUAAUUCGUUCGGUAAACUAUUUUCAUCCCCUCCACCCCUCCCGCCAAGAAAAGGUUCUCUUCCCCAUUCGUAAUGAAGCUUACACAGAUUCGCAGCCUUAAAAUGGCUAACUUGGAUGUGGAGAGUGUCAGUAGCAAUGCGCAAUUGUAUGAACUUGGAAGCUUGAUGAGGGUUUUCUCCAAU